AUGAUGAUGGCUCCAGCCGCCUUUGCCGAUGAGAUUGGUGAUGCUGCCAAGAAGCUGGGCAUUUUCUUGCAGGCCCCCGGCAAGUUCCAACCACUUGAGGCUCUCAAGGCAAUUGACAAGAUGAUUGAGAUGGGAGCAGCUGCAGACCCCAAGCUCUUGAAGGCAGCGGCGGAGGCCCAUCAUAAGGCCAUCGGAAGCAUCUCAGGACCCAACGGUGUGACUUCCCGGGCGGAUUGGGAUGCGGUGAACGACAAGAUUGGCGUCGCUGCAAAGGCCUUGUCAGAUGCAUCCUACCCCUUCUUGAAAGAGGUGCACAAUGAUCAACACAGCAUGGACCCGAUUGGACCCCCGAAGGAGAGCCGUCAGCGUGUCGAUCUGAUCACUAUUGCAAAGGAUGACAGCCUUGAACUCCCCAUCUUGCUGCAGUUUCUGCAGCUCAUUUGGGACUUUGUCAAAAGCAACCACUGGAGCAUUCCAGCCAUUGGCAGCAUCGAUGCCAAAGGAGUGCCGUCUAUUGGACGCAUUGUCGCAUCCGUGCCAAAAGCGACCGUGAUGGAUGUGUGCAACUCGAUGGCCGCAGUGGUGGAUGGAAUCGUCAGUUGUUACCGUGAACAGUGGGCGACGGGUGGGCGCAGAGCCGAGAAACGGCGCAGAGCUGAGGGCAUGAGUCCGGGGAACCUCGAAGAGGCCGUUCACCGGAACAGCAACUCCCUGAAGUCAAAGAGCCGGAGGAGAGUGAUGGAGAUCGAGCAGGAUCACCGCCUUCGACUUGUGGGUCAGAUUCUUCUGGAUGGAGGCAACCAGGAUGCUUUGAAGCAGGACGUUAAGGAGCCGGUGAAGGAUCAGGACGAGCUGGCACUGGUCGAGGUUUUGAGCGUGGUUGCUGCGCUGGUAGCUUUGUACAACUUCUGCAACAGCUGGAGUUUUGUGCCGGGGCCCUUGAGAAAACAUGUGCCUGUGGCAGCUGCGUCCGCAGCCGGCAUGAUGAUGGCUCCAGCUGCCUUUGCCGAUGAGAUUGGCGAUGCCGCCAAGAAACUUGGUGAUGCUUCCUAUGACUUCGCGAAGGAGGAUGAGCGACAUAGUGUGGAGAUCAGCAUCGAAGAGACUGUCGAUCUAGCCAAGGUGUAG